CUGUCACAAAGCUCUAGAAAACUGUGAAAGCGCCUUUAGCAUAAACAAAUCCAGAAGUCUCCCAGGACCAACCAUUUGUCAACUGAAGGAAAGGCCCAGGUUUAUGGUUUCACUUGGAGCCAGAGGUGGAAACUCCGGCGGGACCAGUCGGACCAGGCAUCGGUGGCUAUCACUGCAGCCAAACAAGAUUAUCUGAAGGAAGAUGUUAUUUGCCUGUUACCUUUCAGAGCAAUCAUAACCAAAAAGAGAGGUGUCAGCUGUGGGGUCUGGAGUGUGGGUGGCCUCCCUCUGCAAUCUUCACUAAGCAAUAUUCUUGGCGAUACCCAUACGCACUGGUGAGUGGACACAGAUGCUCUAAGUCUCCGAGCUGUGACAGCUAAACCCUCCUGUACGUGCUCCCUCUUGGAACUCCCCUUCACCCCACUUCUUUGCAGGAUGGACAAGGAGUCAGCAGAUGGGCUGCUCUUCAAAGACCACGACUUCUCCUCUGACUUGUUGAGGCAGCUCAAUGGCUUAAGACAAAGCAGAAUCCUGACGGAUGUAAUCAUCUGUGUUGGGGCCUGGGAGGUCCCCUGCCACCGAAACGUGCUGGCCUCCAGCAGCCCCUACUUCCGGGCCAUGUUCUGCAGCAACUUCCGGGAGAGCGGGGAGGCCAAGGUCCAGCUGAGAGGCAUCGACUCCACGACCCUAGAGCAGCUCGUCCUGUAUGUGUACACGGGGGAGGUGCCCAUCACGGCUGAGAACGUUCUGCCCUUGCUGGAGGCUGCCUCCAUGCUGCAGUACCCCAAGCUCUUUGAGGCCUGCUCCUCCUACCUGCAGAGCCAGCUGACCCCCAGCAACUGCCUGGGCAUGAUCAGACUCUCGGAGAUCCUCAGCUGCGAGACCCUCAAGAAGACGGCCAGGGAGGUGGCCCUGACGUACUUCCCAGAGGUGGCCGCAUCCGCUGACCUGAAGGAACUCUGCGCCUUGGAAUUGAGAGACUACCUGGGGGACGACGGGCUGUGCGGGGAGGAGGAAAAGGUGUUUGAGGCCUUCAUGGGUUGGGUCAAGCAUGACCUCCAGACCCGGAAGCGAUACAUGCAGGAACUGUUCAAGCUCGUCAGGCUUCCGUACAUCCACCCGGCCUUCUUCCACCACUUCAUCGCCAACGAUGCCCUCCUUCAGUCCUCGCCCUCAUGCCAGAUCAUCUUGGAGAUGGCCAGGAGGCAGAUGUGUUCUUUGUAUGGCACCACCAGUGUCCCAGACCUCCAACCUCCGUGGCACGUGCCCCCAAGGAACUCUUACCAAGACUUCCUCAUCCUCUUGGGUGGGAGGAAGGACAACCAGCAGACCACGAGGGACGUUCUGCUGUACCACAGACAGACAGGCCAAUGGCGGAGCCUCGCCAAACUCCCCACCCGGCUCUACAAGGCCGCAGCCGUGGCCUUGCACCGCAGCGUCUAUGUGCUGGGAGGCAUGGCCGUGGGUACAGAGAAGAGUGAGCCCAGUCGCCACGUCUACAUCUUCUCCCUGAAACUCAAUCAGUGGAGGCUGGGACAGCCCAUGCUGGCGGCCCGCUACUCCCACAGAAGCACCUCCCAUAAGAACUUCAUCUUCUCCAUCGGGGGGAUUGGAGAAGGGCAGGAGGUCUUGGGCUCCAUGGAGAGAUAUGACAGCAUCUGCAACGCCUGGGAGAAUAUGGCCAGCAUGCCAGUGGGGGUUCUGCACCCUGCAGUUGCUGUGAAAGACCAAAGACUCUACCUUUUCGGAGGAGAGGACAUUAUGCAGAACCCUGUGCGCCUUAUCCAGGUUUAUCACAUUUCCAGAAACACGUGGUUCAAAAUGGAGACGAGAAUGAUCAAGAACGUGUGUGCCCCUGCAGUGGUGCUGGGGGAGCGGAUUGUCAUCGUGGGAGGUUACACAAGGAGGAUUCUGGCUUAUGACCCUCAGUCCAACAAAUUUGUCAAAUGUGCGGACAUGAAAGACCGGAGGAUGCACCACGGGGCCGCGGUGAUGGGGAACAAGCUCUACGUGACAGGCGGCCGGCGGCUGACCACGGACUGCCACAUCGAGGACUCGGCCUCCUUUGACUGCUACGACCCCGAGACGGACACCUGGACCUCGCAGGGACAGCUGCCUCACAAACUCUUUGACCACGCCUGCCUCACUCUCCAGUGCAUUCCCCACGCCUCCACCUUCUCCUGAGGUCGAUGAGAAACCAAAAAACCGGCUGUGUUAGUCCAGACGUUCUUGUUGCAAGAGACAGAGCCCAACUCCAACAAACUUGACCCUAAACAGGUGCAGCCAGAGCUCACGAGACUCAAAGUUCCAGAGCUGGAGGCCUGGAACCAGGCCUAUUGUUGGCAAAAUACUGUCUCUCUCUCUCUCUCUCUCUCUCUCUCUCUCUCUCUCUCUCUCUCCCUCCCUCCCUCCCUCCCUCCCUCCCUCUCUGGCUUUGUUCUCCACACCAUGUGAGGACAAAUCCAGACUCACAUUCUCUAGCUUAGCAUCUUCAGGAGAGACUUUACCAUUAUCCAUAUAUUAACCCUAAAAAGAAUUAAACAGUGCUGUUUGGCCCUUUUUGAAUUCCAUGCAACCUCUUGAGCCAAUCACCAUUUCCAGGGAUCAUACUACCAUAACUGGCUAGUCCUGGAUGGUGUCCCUACAGGCAGAGGUGGGGUUAAUGAUCGUGGACAACCUAUCUGAACGGCACUUAAUGGCAUAGAAGUGGUUCCCCAAAGGAAGACAUGCUGGGCUGACAAAAGCCACAUCUGCCCGAACACCAUGGAGACUGGGAACAGGAGGGCGAAGAGCCCCUGGAAGCCCCUGGUCCGGGUGGCAGCAUGAGCAGUGGCCAUGGCCGAGUGUCCCUGAGGCCAGGGAUGCGGUGCGUUGGAAUUCCAGAAAGUAUGUGCAGCUCCAUAUCUAGUGUUCGCAGCAUUGUCUGUGCUGCCAGAAUAAAGUUUGCUUCUGUUGCCAAGAGAUGUUUUUUCUCCAGCCUCUGGGGAGCUAUAAACCUGCAGAAUUAAUCAGGAUUUUCAUUUUGGUAAAUGUUAUGAGAAUUGCUCUUCUGAGGAAAGCCAACAAAUUCCUUCAGAGAUUACAGCAAUUAUUGCCCCCCCAGUGCUGGGGCUGACUUUCCCUGUGGCUUUCUUUAUCUCAAAGUGCCUCCCACGCUGGGCCCAGUCCCGGGCACAGGAAUAAGCGGAAGCUGGAGGCACAUUACAAUCACCUGGGAAGAUGUUUGAACAUGGGACUGAUCCCCAGUGGAGAGGGACAGAUGGGGAUUCUCAGAGGCGGGGCCCAGAGCUCUGUAGUUUUGAAAAGCAUCCUAGGUCAUUAUAAGGUGCAGUCAAAACCACCACACUGCUCAUCUGUGGGCACUGAAGACCUUCAUAUGCGAGUCCCUCCCCAUCCUGUCCCAGCCAGCCCUGUCCCAGCCCAGCGGUGUACGCAAAGUCCUCUCCCCACCUAUGGGAGCACCUGGAAUGAGUCUUGCUGCCCUGAGUCUGGCACCACAGGCCCAUGCUCUGGACUUUUCAUGUGUGAUAGAAGCCUCCCCCGACCCUUGCUCAAGAGAUCUUUAUUAUUUCUGCCCCCUCUUUCUUGUCUGAGGGCCUUUGCACUUGCAGUUGCCCCUGCCUAAUACACACCUCCCUCACCUCUUCACCUGACCUAAUUUCAAUUUAUACCUUACACACCAGAUUUAGUGAAAGUCACUGAAUCAAGGAGGCCUUUCGUGUACCCUCCCCU